UUUCAUCAAAAUUUAUAGAGAGAAAGAAAGAGAUUAAGAAAGAAGAGGAAAAAUGUCUGAAUCAAUAAUUGACAAGGCAAAAAACUAUGUGGCAGAAAAAGUUGCAAACAUGAAGAAACCAGAAGCUGAAUUAACAGAUAUCGAUCUCACAAAGUUUAGUCGUGAUUCAGUCACUUUGAAUGCAAAAGUUUCAAUAACAAAUCCUUAUAGUCAUUCCAUUCCCAUUUGUGAGAUUGCUUAUACCCUUAAAAGUGCUGACAGGGUAAUUGCGUCAGGAACUGUACCAGAUCCAGGAUCCAUCAAGGGGAACGAGGUGACGAAGCUCGAGGUACCAGUGAAGGUGCCAUAUAGUAUUCUGAUAAGCCUAGCAAGGGAUGUAGGUUCAGAUUGGGACAUUGAUUAUGAAUUGCAAAUUGGUCUUAUUAUCGAUAUCCCGGUGGUUGGUAAUAUUACAAUCCCACUCUCACAGAAAGGAGAAAUCAAACUCCCAACUUUCUCUGAUUUCUUCAAAGGAGGUGGAUCGAAAGAGGAUGAAGAAGAAGUUGCUAAGAAAUCUAGAGUUACAAAGAAAGAGUAAUUUGUUUUGUCGCCAUUCAGCAAAAACAUCUGUUUAAUUUCUUUUUCAUUUUUCUUUUAUUUUAUGUGUUAUAAUGUUUGUUUGCAAAGAUUUUAAAAUCAAACAAGUAAAAAAGGAAAUUGCUUCCAUAUCUUCCAACUGGAUUGAUAAUGUUCCAAAU